AUGGCAAUGGGAAAUAACACCAUUGUGACAGAAUUUAUCCUCUUGGGUUUAACAAAUCAAACAGAAAUCAAGAUACCACUCUUCCUUUUGUUCCUAGGAAUCUACCUAGUCUCCAUGGUGGGGAACCUUGGAUUGAUUUUAUUAAUCUGGGUCAGUUCUCAGCUUCAUACUCCCAUGUACUAUUUCCUCAGUAACUUGUCAUUCAUAGAUCUCUGCUACUCCACUGUCAUCACACCCAAAAUGCUGGAGAAUUUUGUAUCAGAGAAGAACAUUAUCUCCUAUCAAGGGUGCAUCACUCAGUUUUUUUUCUUCCUCUUCUUUGUGAUUGCUGAAUUCUACAUGCUGACAACUAUGGCCUAUGAUCGUUAUGUUGCCAUCUGUAGACCCUUGCUCUAUAAUGUCACAAUGGUGCCAUCAUUCUGCUCCCUGCUAGUGGCAGGUGUAUAUACAAUGGGGGGCAUUGGAGCCAUUGUUCAUACAACUUGUCUAGCUCGACUGUCCUUCUGUGGGGACAAUGUUAUCCACCAUUACUUCUGUGAUGUUCUUCCCCUUCUGAAGCUCUCCUGUUCUAGCACCGUCAUCAAUGAACUUUUGGUGGUUUUCGUUGGUGGAUUUAAUUUGAUGGCCACAACUCUUCCCAUAUUGAUAUCUUACAUUUUCAUCCUUCUGAAUAUCCUUCGCAUACCAUCUACAAAGGGCCGUUAUAAAGCUUUCAGUACCUGUGGAUCCCAUUUAGCAGCUGUUUCUGUUUUUUAUGGUUCCAUCAUCUUCAUGUAUUAUAUACCAACUUCCAACAGUGUGACCCAGGAAAAAGUAGGAUCAGUGUUUUACACAACAGUGAUCCCCAUGCUGAAUCCCUUGAUUUACAGCCUGAGGAACAAGGAUGUAAAGGAUGCAUUGAGGAAAGUCAUGAAGGGCAUAAUAUUUUCAAAUUCCACAUAA